AUGUUUGGCCUCGAGAUAAUCGGCGCUGCCAUCACAUUCCUACUCUUCAUUGGCCUUACCUUGGCCGUCACAGUGCCAUUAACCGGGACGCUCGUAAGGCUCCGGGCCAAUUUCAAUCCCAAGGGUCUACAACUCGAUCCAGAAGAUGGGGUUCAGCCACAUACAGGGCCAGUUAUAACCGGUUUCUUCGCGAUGAUGAGUAGAGUCAAGCGUCUUGAGGGCUGGGCCGGCUUGUACAAGGGUUUAAUGCCUACCAUGCUGUCAAACACGUUCCUUGUGCUGUUCACGGUCGUGGCUUUUGGUCCGAUGGUCGCGCAUCCCAAGAACCGAGGUGCCUAUAACGCGCCCGCGACGGGUGCACUGGGCACUCUGCUGUACAGCGUUGUCCUCAUGUUUAUUUCGCUCCCAGCUGUCAUCAUCACGUACCGUGCGAUCACGACGCCACACCGCCUCCCGUACUUUUCCCCAGCGCAUUCGUUGCGUGUCCUUUUGACGCCCACUGAGCGCCGUCGUCCCUGGGUACUUUACCUCACCCCUGGACUGCUAGCCGCCGAAACAUUGCACAUCGCCUACGUCGUCCUUGGUUUGCGUGCGCUCCGUCACAUGCUGCUACCCGAAGUUACUGGACAUGACAACAACGACUGGGAACAAGUGUCCUGGUUGCGUUUGGGCGUCUUCUACGGCAUCGUCGUUGCAAGCACCAUUGUACUCAGCCCGCUUGAAGUCAUUAGUACACGCCUCGCCGUACAACGUAAUCAUGCUGCGGCGGAGUACAACUCGGUUGUACAGGAGGAAGAGGGUGACGCAGAGGAAACAAUGGAAUAUGCAGGCGCCGACGAAGACGUCAUCGGACUUCGCUCGGAGAUGGAUCCUUAUUUGAGUCUUACCGAUUGUGUGCAGAAGAUCGUUCGCGAAGAAGGCUGGACGGCGCUGUACCGCGGAUGGUGGCUCACACUGGUGUUCGGCGUAUUCGGCGCGUUCGCCUAG